UUGGUUUCUGCUAGUUUCUGUUUAUUGGGAAUGCUUACGGCCGUUUCGGCGUUUCUCUUAAUAAUAAGCCAAUCUUCUCCCAUCGUGACCUUGUCCUGAGCAUCCAGUUAGCGUGUGUGCUAACGAGAUCCUCCGCCGUCGCCUAAGCGUACAUUAUUUUGCUCUGGAGGGCACUGUUUAUUUACAGCGCAGCGGAAGUGUCAACCUGUGUCGUCAAGCUGCGGCAGGAGCUGCCUCUGUAGUUCUGUAGUCGCGUUGGUGACUGUACGGAGUCGGAUUAAUUCCGUGCGCUUAACCUGAGGCUGGGGCUCAAGAGGAAGCAUGGAUUUCAUUUCUAACAUAUGGAAGAACACCACGAAAGGAUCGGAACCGCAAGCGAAGGCUCCGGAGUCGGUGGAAGGUGGCGAUGCGCCCGACAACAAACCCACCAACGAAGCCACUAGUGAGCCUCAACCAGCAGCACCGUCCAAAGAGAGUGGUGGGGGCAGCGACUCAGGCUCGACGUCCGGGCCGGACACUGAUUCUCCUCCGACUCCUGAAACGCCGAAACCAGCGGCUAAUAUUGAGCCUUCGAAUGACAAGGGCUCCUUGGGGACGGGCAUCUCUAUACCGCUCGAAAAUGUGUCGCAAAAGGCGAUGGAAUCUGCGAAAUCAUUCGGAAGCUUCCUCUAUUCUGUGGCAAACAAGGCUGGAAAAACUGUGCAAGAGACGGCCAAGCAGAUCAAAACAACAGUUGAAGAGAAUAGCAUACUGGCUGACUUUAAUCGCGAACAGGAGACUUUUGUGAAGGGCAAGCAGAGGUGUGACACUGGAAUCUUGCCCUGGGUUGGAUGUGAAGAUGAAGAAAAUGUGAAGCAGCAGAUACUGUCCCUUUCAGCUGACAAAAGAAACUUUGUGCGAAGUCCACCAAGCGGAGUCCAGUUUGAAUUUGACAUGGAUACCAUGUCACCCAUUGCCAUGGCAUUGCUUCAAGAGGACCCCAACCUGGAGAAAAUGAGAUUCGAACUUGUUCCGAAAUGGAUUCCUGAAACUGACUUUUGGAGGAACUAUUUCUACCGUGUCUCACUUAUCAAGCAGUCAACGCAGCUAAGUGCGCUCAGUCACGGCAAGGGUGCUGGAAGCAGCAGCAGUGGUGACACUUCAUCAGUCUCAUCGCGGCAGAGUCCAUCGGACGAAAGCAGCAAACAGAACUUGGCGGCUGGAGAUGACGACGAGGCACUUGACAGCCCAACCCAUGAAUUUGUCUCGGACACCUUCCAAGGAAACAAGAUCUCCGAGGAAGAAGUCAAGCUGGGCAUGAAACAACUUGGCAUGGGAGACAAAGCAGAUGAUGAAUGGGAGAAGGAGCUUCAGCAGGAGCUGCAGGACUAUGAGGUGGUGGCUACAGACACGGCCGCACAAGGCGAUGAUCCCGAAUGGGAGAAUGAAAUUCAGGAGAUGCUGGCAGCCCAGAAGUAGGCUUGCUAUGCACUGCCUUCUCCCUCCAGCCACUUUUUCCGAGGAACACAUUCUGGGGCGCAGCCACCAUGGCCCCUCCACCAAAUGGCACAAGGGCGGGUAAUUCAAGGUGCCCAACUGUCUGCUGCCACGCUAGUCUCAUUUAUGUUGUGCGUGCAUCUUUUCAGCUUGUGCGUGUGUGUGUCUGCAGAGUUGCACUGCUUCGUUUGGACCUAGCACACAUCACGCAGCUUUAGGCAGCAACCACAUGCAAUAUAUUUUCUACAUAUUUUCGGCCUGGCGUUGACUGUCAUCGACAUCUUCAUAUUGUUCUAUGCAGUGACCACACUGUAGUGCCGGCUGCAGUGCAUGUCACUAACUUAGUUUCUAACUAAAAAGCAUAGGCCAUGGCAUGCAUUAUGACAUUGAUAACAGCACAGUUCUCACAGCAUGAAGUGAGCGUCAUGACACUGAGUCAUUACUCAGUGUCUAGGCAUGCCGUAAAGAUGUAGGAAAUAUGCUUCAUGUGGUUUCUUCUUUAUGUUGUUGAUGACUGGAGAGGCUUAAUAAGCUUUUGAGUGUGCUACAUUCUCUGUAGCCUCAUCUUUUGCUGUGAAGCAGCUACGAGAUGUUCGAAGGCUGUGACAUGAGCUCGUUUGUCAAUGUGAUUGUUGUGGUACCUUGCACUGGAGGGUACCGUGAGCUGCCAAGUCCAUGGUACACCCUGUAGGGGGUACCAUAGGGUACCAUUUGUGUGUGAACUAGGUUCCCAGUUUUGGCAGUACCGCUCCUCCUUCUUGCCUUCUCUCUAUGAACUGUGUUGUGGGCCCAAAACACGAAGACUGUCUUCCAGUCGCUCAUUAAGGAAAAAGAAGCCUUUAGGAGCAAGCUGUAGCAGACAGUUUAUAGAGAACAGUAAAACAGCUUGUUGUAAAAGCUCAUGUAGUGAAUGGACAGGUUCUCUCUUUAGACAUUUGGUUCAUAUCAAAGCAAAUAAGUUUAUGCUGCUAUGGACUAGAGGUCAAUUGGAGUCAUUUUCUAUCCUUCGUUUUGUAUGUUGUGUUCAAGCCCUUAUGCUAUGUACCCAGGUUUUUCGUCAUGUCCAUUUACUAUGAGAAAGAAAUAUAUAAAGCGCCUGUGAUGCACAGAUGUGAAUGUCUGUAUGUGUGUUAGAAUUGUUAAUGACUUUCUUGGUGGCUAUUCCUUGUUUUUAUUAUAUAUAUAUAUAUAUAUAUAUCUACAGUUCUUUAAUGGAAGCAACUUUCAUUUUGACACCUCUAUUCAGUGUUGUUUCAUCACCUAUGUCGUAUGUCACAUAGUCAGCAGAAUAAAGCUUCUUUUCUUUUAUGAUGUAUGGCACAUGUUAUAAACCUAGCACUAUCGAGGGCCUAGCUGCAUAGCUGAUGUGAAACAAGAUAUGAAAGACACCAGAAUUGAUUUGGCUGCAUGUCACUUGUAAGGCAUCUUGGAAUACAGUUGGCUCCUUUGAAGGCUAACUCUGUAGAGUUUAAUCCACUGGUAAGUGAAACAUCAGUUUGGGGACCUUUGUUUUGGUUCUCGCAAAUACAACGUACUUCACACAAACGUCCGAGACGAAUUUCUCAAGUUUAUUUUUAUGUUUGUCCUAAAGGGGCCCUACAACACUCUUUGGAAUAAAGGGGUGGAAUGUGUCUGGUAUUAAAGAAUGUUCCAUGUGGGAGUAUUGUCUGACAGAAAUGUUGCACUUGGUACAUCUGCAGUUGUCAACUAUCAAAUGUUGCCCAUGGUACACCUUCGUGACCUUCCUCACCUUUUCAUUCUAUGUUGGAAGCUGUGCCAAUGUGGAGCAGUGUCACUUGCUCCACCCGCCAUUGCAGUGUGCCCAGCUAUCAGCGUGGCUUUUGAGAUUGGUCUCUCACAACACCUGAUGCCAUAGUUCAGCCCUGCGGUAUUGUUUUUCAUCACUACAUAGCAUCAUUCUGAAUUGCUCGUGAGAUCUUUCCGUUUUUCGUGCUGGCAGGAGGCACUGCUUAGUCGUGACAUCUAAAGGAAUCCUACCACUAACCAUCGUGUAUAUUGGUGUCACAGCAACAAAAAAAAAAUGGUGGUAGGGACUUCAACAAAAAAUUGCAGAAAAGAGUGAGUGGGUUCUAUGGAAAAAAAAAAAUUGUACACUCUGUCCUGUACGUGCAGGGGUAUAAUUUAGCUUAGGCGUUUGUGGUAGUAUUUAGCAGUGUCCAGGCAUGUUCAAAAAGCGUUCAAGGGCCACUUUAAUGAGAGUCUGCUGUGUCACUCAUUGUAUUCCUUGCAAGACUGAAAAAAAGUCAUUAUUUUAUUUAGUCGGAGACAAAGGGGUUUGGCUGGUGACUAGGUCCAAGGAUGGGAGUUGCAGAACGAGUAGAGCUUACGCAAAAGCAGCCAUUUCUGUAUUCGUAAUGUGUUGCUGCUAUGAGCUUACAGUGGAUGACCCCAGCUUGUACAGCUAAUAUAUGCAAUGCUGGUUGUGUAUUCUUUUAGUGUUUGCCCAGUUCUGCUUUUGUAACUUGCCAAAUGGGCAUGAUUUAUUUCAAGCUUUGGUCGUUGCAUCUGUGUGCUGUGCUCAAGAUAAUGCCACAUAGGAAAAGCACACGCAUCCUAACUAGAUCUGCAAAAGGAGUUUAAAAGCAUGCUAUAUUGGAAGAAAGUUGCAUGUUCUACUAAACCCCAAGACAACUGAUUGCUGGCAUGUAGAUUGACAACCUGGCUAACCUUUGUACACUUGGAACCAAACUGCUUGGAAAAAUGUUUGUGCUUUCUUUUCCCUUGCUUUUUUUUUAAUGUAAAUUGUUUGAAAGGGAAAGCAGUUCAUAACUAGAUGUGGAAUAUCUUGAGCAGUGAAAAUAUAAUUGUAGCAGCUCCCUCCUCGUGUGGUUCACUUUCUUUCCUUGCUAUAAACUCAGCAACUUUUUCUGCACUCCAGUAAUAGAUCUUUUUUUUUUUUUUUUUGCAGUUCUGUGCUUGUCCAAUGUUUCAUACAAAAUGUCAGGUGGAAGGUUAAUGAGCAUUUUUAAUUCCUCUUUAUGUACAGCUUGGGGGUAUACAUCACGAUGUUAAUGUGAGUUUUCUUUACGGCCAGUGGAAAGCAUGGGACUAGAUGCUGUGCUCAAGAGGGCUAAUCUCUACAGCUUGCUUAUUUUCAUGAAUAUAGCCCAAUAAUCCCCCCCCUUAUCUCCCCACUGUGUGUUUUGCAAAGCAGUAUGUGGCAAGCUAAACCACCUGGCAAAUAGGCUGUGCAGGAAAGUAAAACCUGUCAAUGCACUUGCUAAAAAGACUACCUUACUAGCAUGAAGUUGGUGCAGGUCUUCAAUGACAGUAUGGUUUUGAUGGCUCUAUCUCUUACUGCAUUGCAUGCUUGCAUGGGUGUCUGUAUGUGUGAAGUCUGUCCCUCACAGGCAUGCAUCUCCCUGGUGGACUGCACACCAUGCUACUAUGCUGAAAGGUUAGUAGUUGUAAUCGUAAUAAUUUCUCUUACUUCUUUUUCCAAGGAGUCAAAUGUUCCCCAUCACAUAUUCAUUCACAUACAGUAAUGCUGUUCAAUGCUGUUAUUAGCCAACCUUGGAUCAAAAGCUGCAUGUGAAAUGGGAUGGCAAGAGGACUUGGCAGUCUCUCCAAUCAAGCUUAGGCUUAAAAUGACAAAAGUACAAGGAUAUAGAAAUAUUUGUUGAGGUGUUGAUCAGCACCUUUCAUUUUACAUUGUAAUAUGGUGGCAUCUUGUGUUGAGAAGAGACUACUUGAGUGUAAUGACAUGGUUGUAUGGUUGUGGUAAUGUCAGCCAUCCUGCAAUGCAGGUCCCUUGUUCGAAUGUUUGGAGCACCCACAGAUUAUCAAUGAGCUAAGAGCUAGGAUUUUGCUGUGACCUGCACAGUGUGAAGGAAGCCACAAAGUUUCAAAGGUCUGAUUUUAGGCCAUGUUAUGAGUAAACCAUUUGUGUGAGCUCUUCAUGGUGUACUUGUUCAAAACGACUACAUGGUACCUUCUGUGGGAUGUAAAAAGGCCUAGUUUCAAUUUGCAAGAGCGGGUGCCUUUGAACGCAGCAUCUUCUCUUGGCAGCCAUGUAUAUUGCCUGUACAUUUAAAUAUUUUAAUGAAAUAUCAUGUUGAUGCCUGUAUACUGUAAUAGUCUAAGAUUGGUUUCUUAAAAUCCGUAGUGUCAGCAGGGUCCUUGUUUGUUUUGCAAUUUUUGCUUGCAUGUUUUUUUUUUUUCUUUUUCGUAUUGCUUGUUGGAGUGUGUAAGGUAUUGGGCACACCCCAGACAUAUGCAUUGAGAGUCAGAGUUAUCUUUUUUCUUUGCGCCCCAGUCGGAGGCACAGCAGAGUAUUGUGCAGCACAACUAUAAGCCUGGAUCUUGAACCUAUAGAACCACUGAAAUGCAGAUUUACAUAUAGUACACUUUAAGGGUAAAAAACAAGGCAGUGCUUAAGGUAUUCUCAUCCAAUUGAAUGGAGCACAAUGUGCACUGUCAUGUUAUGGCUGACUGCCUUUGCCAUUUCAAAGCAAAUGACGAGAUACAUUUCUCUCGAGGCUGUCUGUAUGGGCUAAGAUGAGUGCUGAUGCCACAUCUUGAAAAGUAACAAUUUCUAUCUGGAUCAGCAUUAUGUCAGCAUAGCUUGAUGAAAUGCAAAACUUAAGCAUGCAUCAUGUGACUGUUAACCUCCAGCAAAAAGGUAACUGUCUACCUCUACUAUAUGUGCUUGGUACUGGAGAAGACAAUGGGGUUUUAAGCAUUCCUAUUUAUUUUAUGGGUUUGGAAAGCUUGACUGGAUGUGCAUGCUGCUGUUAGACAUAUUGUGCAAUGAAUGUACCAAUGUUUAUAAAUGGGAUUAUUACAGGUGCCCCUACAGUGCAA